UGGAGAGAAGUUGUACGUGUGUGAGAGAGAGAGAGAGAGAGAGAGAGAGAGUGUGUGUGACAACCAGGCAGUCUAGAAUAAGUCCGAUCCAAGGAUGGAUGCAAUACCCUGUUGUCUCCUGUUUCUAGUCCUGUUCUUUGGAACUAGGAUUCGCGAAUCUGAAGCCUUACAAUGUUACUGUCAGCGCUGCCCCAACUCCACGUGCACCACGGACGGCCUGUGCUACGUGUCCGUCACCAAAUCUGCGAGUGUGACCUCGCAGCAGAGCUUUUGUAUCAGUGAGACGGAGCUGAUCCCGCGUGAUCGCCCCUUUGUGUGCGCACCCUCCACCAAGGAUGAUACUGGCAUCUACCCCAUGUGCUGCAGCAAUGACUGGUGCAACAAGAACCCUGACCCUAGCAUAUUCCCAGUGCCACCAGUGAAGACUCCCUCUCUGGGGCCUGUGGCUCUGGCAGCCGUCAUCGCUGGACCCGUUUGUGUGCUCUGCUUUGUGCUGGUCACUGUCUUCUACAUCUGCCACAGUCGCUCGGUCAUCCACCACCGUGUGCCUAAUGAAGAGGACCCCUCCAUGGACCACCCCUUCAUUACUGUGGGAACCACACUCAAAGACCUCAUCUAUGACAUGACCACGUCUGGAUCAGGCUCUGGUCUUCCUUUGCUGGUGCAGAGGACCAUCGCCAGGACCAUCAUCCUGCAGGAGAGCAUAGGCAAGGGUCGCUUUGGAGAGGUGUGGCGGGGCAAGUGGAGAGGAGAGGAGGUAGCAGUGAAGAUCUUCUCCUCUCGUGAGGAGCGUUCCUGGUUCCGCGAGGCCGAGAUCUAUCAGACCGUCAUGCUCCGACACGAGAACAUCCUGGGAUUCAUCGCCGCCGACAACAAAGAUAAUGGAACUUGGACGCAGCUGUGGCUGGUGUCAGACUACCACGAGCAUGGUUCCCUGUUCGAUUACCUGAACAGGUACACUGUGACGGUGGAGGGCAUGAUCAAGCUGUCUCUGUCCACCGCCAGUGGCCUGGCCCACCUGCACAUGGAGAUCGUAGGAACACAAGGCAAACCGGCUAUCGCUCACAGGGAUCUGAAAUCCAAGAACAUCUUGGUAAAGAAGAAUGGCACCUGCUGUAUCGCAGACCUCGGCUUGGCUGUGCGCCAUGACUCAGCCACAGACACUAUUGAUAUUGCCCCCAACCACCGAGUAGGCACCAAAAGGUAUAUGGCUCCAGAGGUACUUGACGAUUCAAUAAAUAUGAAACAUUUUGAGUCAUUCAAGAGAGCAGAUAUCUACGCAAUGGGCUUGGUCUUCUGGGAAAUUGCAAGCAGAUGCUCUAUUGGAGGCAUUCAUGAAGACUACCAGCUGCCGUAUUACGACCUGGUGCAGUCAGAUCCAUCAGUGGAGGAAAUGAGGAAGGUGGUUUGUGAGCAGAAGUUACGACCCAACAUUCCCAACAGGUGGCAGAGCUGUGAGGCUCUGCGGGUGAUGGCGAAGAUCAUGAGGGAAUGCUGGUAUGCUAACGGGGCAGCCCGCCUCACCGCCCUGCGCAUCAAGAAGACGUUGUCCCAGCUCAGUCAGCAGGAGGGCAUUAAAAUGUAGGCCUGAGACCCCGGAGAGGCACUCACCUUAGCAUCUUAUCAUUUUUGAGUAUGUUUAUUAUAAAGGUCAUCGUUGUUAUUCUUAUCCGUGGUUAUUGCAUUACAACUCUGUGUCCUCCAAGUUCAAGGCAGAGAGAGGACAUGAGCACUAGGAAUGAAGGUUUGUUUGGAUUUUUUUUUUUUCUUUUUCUUUGGCUUUGACUGAGAGUGAGCUAGCUGCUGAAACCUCACUCUGGGCUUCUGAGACUGAAACCCAUGGACUCUUUUUGGAGCCGGCACCCCUUUCAGCCUCACUGUCCGGAUGAACAUGCCGCGGUAAAGCCCAUGUCCAUUUUUGGUUGCAUCCUCUGUCUUGCCUGCCCGCUGCGCUGUCUGGAAUGGCCCCGAUCCAGUUGAGAUGUUUUAUAUUCAAGCAAAGCGCCAGACAUUUUGACAGUGACUAAGGACUUUGGUGCAGGUCGUAACUUGUGGGCGGCAUUGUGAAAUAUUCAUGCUAUUGUUUUGUCUUCUGCCAGUCGGGCUGGAUUCACUGAAGAUCUGCUGUGAGAUGGGGUGAUUUUUUUUUUUUCCCCUCUCCUGACUUGGGUCAUUUAAUGGUCAGGUAGAAUUUGUUUUUCUUGUUCAAUUUGCACCUUGUUUAUCCUUCUCUCUUCAUUGCUUUUUUUCUCCCCCUUGAGUAAUUUAUUUAUCAUAAGGGUUUUUUUUCUUUUUCUUUUUUUUUUUUUGGGCAACAAACUGGACAUGACCUCAUUCAGUCUUGGCAAACAUGCUGCGACAUAUGCAAUAUAGAUAAAUCCUAUCUAUUUUAUAUCUUAAAUGUUCUGCUACUACUACAACAGUUCAACAGCUUUGAUGACAACCAUGCCCUUCAAGCCAGGUGUUACCGGAAAGUGCCACUGCUUUAAACCAACCUUCCCUCAUGAUGUGGACCAGUCCCUUAACUUCGCCAUCCGUCUCAACAUUAAGAACGACGCCGCCAGAGAGAUUAUAGAAGAGUCCCUCGUGGAAUCUCGUCUCUCUUAUGCACACGGAGCGAAUGCUAGCAUGGGACCGCCACGCAACAACUUGCUGGUGCCAUUUCUUCUGUUUUACAGCAUCAUCAUCAUCAUCAUCAUCAACAUCAUUAUCAGCAUCAUCAUCAACGUCAUCAUCACCUUUGAUGCAGCAUUGAGGGAUGUUUCAGCUCAGACCUCAGUUCAUCCUCACUAAUGUAGACCACCAGCCCAGGUUACUGGGUGAUUAUUUAAAAGGGGAUGAAUGCAGAUGGGUGCCACGUCGUACACUUGCUCGUCCUCGGAAUUGUCAUGCGAUUUUCCCAUUUCCGGGAGAGGAUGCUGUGGGAUCUGAUGUGGCCAUGCUGGCUUUUUUCCCCAAAAUGCAGACUGUUUUCUUCCUUGCUGAGAAGCGUUGAUAGACAGUUGCUACAACUCGAGUAAACAAAGCUACUCUCACAGACUCAUAAACUCUCGCUUUAUGCGGAAGACA